GACACACAAUCUUUAUGAUACGAGGUUUAUGAAUACUAUCACGAUAAAAUAUAGUGCGCAAUUUUUGUUUAAAAUGGCAGAAGGGUCUAAGAGUAUUUUUGAUGAUCCUCCCAUUGGUAUCGACUUAGGAACAACGUUUUCAUGUAUAGCAGUUUAUAGAAAGGACAAAGCAGAAAUUAUUCCUGACCAAAACGGUGACAGGCUUGUACCAUCUGUAGUUUUUUAUGAUCCAGAGAAUAGAAAUAGAAUAUUGGUAGGGAAAGCUGCUGAAGACGAGAGCCCGAGGCGCAUUGAAAACUGUAUAAGGGAUUCAAAACGCAUUAUUGGUCGAAAAUUUGAUGACUGUUUCGUUCAAGAAUACAUUUUCAGAGAAGAUGUUCAAUAUAAACUGGAAAAGGGACUCUACGACAAAGCUGUCUUUAAGGUCAAUAUUAAUAAUGAAAGUAUCACAAAGACCCCAGAGGAAGUCAGUGCUGAAAUAUUAAAGCAUCUUAAAGAAAUGGCUGAAGCAUUCUUAAACCAAAAAGUUUUUAAAGUGGUAAUAUCGGUACCAGCCAAUUUUAGUAACGCACAAAGAAAAGCCACAAAAAAAGCCGUUGACUUAGCGGGACUAAGUUUAAUUCGAUUUAUUUCAGAACCUUCAGCAGCAGGAAUACAUUAUGUUGGCGAUAAGCAUGUAGAAGGAAAUAUAAUGGUUUUUGAUUGGGGAGGUGGCACCUUAGAUGUUUCGUUGGUAACAGUUACAAACAAAACAUUUGAAGUACAAAUUGUUUACGGAGAUACAUCAUUGGGAGGAAGAGAUUUUGAUAAUCAACUAUUUCAACAUUUUCAUAAAAAACAUGUUGAAAAAGAACGGUCCAUUAAUAAAUUAAGGAAAGCUUGUAUCAAAUUAAAGAAGAAACUAUCAAAAAAUGAAGUUGCUCCUAUUUUUGUUGAUGGCUACGAUAACUACGAAGAUUAUGAAAUUACGUUAACAAAAGUAAAAUUUGAAAGUCUAAACAAAAAUCUUCUGGAUAGAGCAAUGAAUGUGAUAAUUAAUACUUUAGACCAAGCCUGUUUUAAAAAGAAUGAAAUAAAACGAGUCUUGUUAGUCGGAGGUACAACCAGGAUACCAAAAAUUAAGGAAAUGAUAAAGCAAUUUUUUAAUAAUAUGGAUCUAACAACAGAUCUUAAUCCAGAUGAAGCAGUAGCUGCAGGAGCAUCUCUUCACGCUUUUCGAUAUAAGUAUGACCAAGGAGGAGUCGAAUCGUUUGCAGUAAGUGAGGUUACACCUUUAUCUCUUGGACUAGAAACCUUAAACGGUCUCAUGCUGGUUUAUAUUCCGCGAAACAGUUCAUUACCUAUCACUAAAACUGGCACAUUGAUAACAAUCAUUAACAACCAAACCAUAAUGUCACUUCCUGUUUUUGAAGGAGAAAGAUUAAAUUGUUUAUACAAUAAUAAAUUAGGAGAAUUUGAUAUAACCGACCUACCUCCUAAAAAAACAGGCGAAGUUAAUGUUAAUAUCAGUUUUCAUUUGGACGAAGACGGAAUUCUUACUGUUAGUGCAACUGAGGAUUCGUCAGGUAAAGAGAAAAAACUUGUAGUUCUUAUGGAAGAGUUUCGACUUAGUAACAGAAAAGUUACAAUGUGCAUUGAAGAUGCACAGAAAACGAGAGAGGAAGAUGAAAUAUUCAAAGAAUUCUUAACGACUAAACAAAAAUUUAAAAAAUUUUGCAAUCAUAUUUUAUAUGACAUCAAGAAAAUAAAUAAUAUCGAGGAAGAGAAUGUGGUAAAACAGGAUUGUAAUAGUUUUUUAAAGAGCAUUUUAAAUUUAAACUUUAACGAAAUCGACGAACUAACAGAUUUAUAUGUUGCUUUGACUAAAAGGAUAAAACCUAUUUUAAAAAAACACGGCUUAAUGUAAUAUAAAUAUUUAUAGAUGGGAUUUUAAACUACAUAAUAUGGUAUAAUCUCAACAUUUUUAUCAAUUUAAUAAUUUGAAUAUAAUUUAAGUGAUCACCAUGUCGUAAUAAUAAUAGUAUCUAAGUACCUACGAGUCUAGUAUACCCUUGGUUUGAUAUAUUAUUUUUUUCCAUUCCAUUGUCUUGUCAGUUACUUUUUUUUAACAGUUUGUUACAACAAGCCUUCCCACACCUUUAACUUCGUUGCUCCAUCUUGACUUCGGUCUACCUAGAUUUUCAAGUGAACCCAUUCAUUGAAAAUGCCUCACCCAACCAUCAAUACUUUGCCCCUUAAUUACUGCUAGCAUGUAAGUUUCUUGAUAGAACUCCGUUAGCUCUUUAUUGGUUCUUCUUAUCCAUUGUAGAUUUAAGUAUUUUUCCAGCAAAUAUUUUCCACAGGAUUUUUCGCACCCAAAGCAACAAUCACUAUUGAUAUUUUUUUGUGAUGACCGGUAAAAUUUUUCUUCGUAUUCCUUCCUUACUGUUAGGUUCUUUUAUGAAGACAGUUGCUAUGUACUCAAAUCCUUCUCAAAACUUCUUUGAAUUUAUGCUGUUUUCUGUUUCUUGUAUUACCACUGUUAUAUUGCCCUCGAACUAAUUGUUUCGUUGUGCAUUACUUGUGACUACUUUCUAUUUGUAUCAGUUAAAUAUAAUCGUUUGGUGGCUGCCCAGUCUUAGAGUAUCAUAGCCGUUUCUAUCAAUUAUAUUUUGCUUCUAGACAGAUGACCAAGUCGUUUGCAAAUGCCUAGCGCUGAUGAUUUUAUGAUAGAUUAGACCUGUUCUAUUAAUAUUUACUGCCUGUAUAGCCUUUUCCAAUAUCACGCUAAACAUUAUACAUUUUACAUGAUACUUAUAGUGCAGUCACUGAAGGUGGAUAUGGGGUAUAUGGGGUGGAUAACAAAGGUGACAUGGUGCUAACUUGCGCUUUUACCCUGGGGGUGGAUGCUACCUCUUCUCGGGAGUGAAAAUUAUUUUCUUAAAAAUAACCCCAUACUUCGAUAGGGAGACGAAUU